CCGACUCGCUUCGCUUGACAGAAGGCGACCGCCAUUACAUUGAUUCCUAGCAAAGUGUGAGCGAGUGUCAUGCUUUGAAAAAAAACUCUCAUAUCCUACAUGGAAUGUUUGCAGUAAAUUAUAUUGAACGACUCAAUAAUACAAAAGGAAGCCAUGGAAGAUAAGGAGUUGUCAAACACUCAAGAUAAGCUGAUAACCAGAAGCAAAGCAAAGACCUCCGUAGGCCACAGGAAAAUUGUCAACUACCUUGAAAAGAUCAGCAAAGACGAAUCAGGGGCCCCGGUGAAAUGGAAAUUCAGUAAGAAAGGAGUUAAGUAUGCUCAAGGUAUUAGUAAACGUAUUACAAAAUCCAAGACAGAGAAAAAGUUAAAACGUCUUCAAAGUCACCCACUAAAAAUGGAAAAUACAGACUCAGUUGGUGAAAAUACUUCUGAGAAUCGCCAGUUUGUAAAAAAGAAACCAGGCAGAAAAAAGAAAAAGCUUGAGAAUGUUCAAGAAACAGAAUCCAAAUUAGAAAAAAAUGAUGAGGACGAAGAUGCUUUACAAACUGAUAAUUUGAUAAUCAGCAUCAGAAGACUAGACUCGGAAUCAUCUACACCUGGAGCAACUGAACGUAUUGUCACAAUAAAACAUCCUUCUGAGAAUGUUAAAACUGCUGAAAAAUCCAUUCAGGAGAAUCUACUCCCUCAACCUGCUCCUAUUAAAAAGCGUGGCCGUCCAAAGAGUAUUCAUAAAAUGAUUCAAGAAAAGGUUAAAGCUAGUAAACUAAAACUAACCUCCAACAAAGUAGAAGUGAAUUUAAGGAAACCCAGCAACAAGUCUGAAGCACUUCGAAAUUUGGAGAAGGUUGUUGCUGUGAAACGAGGACGCCCGCGGAAAAACAAAUUGGAGACAAUAGAAAACAUAGAAAUAAAGAAAGAAGGUAUGGGAGAAAGUGAAUCCAGAGAGCAGUCUGUAUCAAGAGUUGAUUCAGACAUAGAAAGUAUCGAUUCAAAUAUUAGUGGUUCAUCUUCAAGACAGAAAACCAAGAUUCGAAAGACGUAUCAGGGAAUACGACUGGGACCAAGGAAAUUGCUCCGUAGUCAAGAUAGUUUAAUGACUCGUAGGAAAAAAGUUACACUUUCAUCUGUUGCAGCUUCAAAAUUUAAAAGAAAGCGAACAUUGAGUAGUGAUUUUGAACUCCUUGAUGAAGUUUCGUUAAAAAGAAAAAUACGCAAAGAAGAGUUGGAUGAUGUCAGUCGUGAAUCUUCCAUAGAUAGGGAUGAGAACAGACAGAAAGCUCAGACGAAUGAUGAGAAAUUUAAUGUGCCAAAGCCACAAGAAAAUGCGGAUAACAGAAGAAUUGACUCUUCUCAAGUAGUUUCAUCAGAAAAAUUAAUUUCACAAGCAAAGCCAAAGAUGACCAUCGAUGAAUCAAAUGACAGUAGAGAAAAUAAAUCAUCAGAACCUGAAAAAUCAGUAACAAAAGUUAAAAGGCGAGGGAGACCACCGAAGAAACUAUCUGAAAAAUAUCAAAAUAAAAAUUUUGAACCUGAGGAAAUGCCGCAACCGUCGAGAAAACAGAUAUUUCACGAUAGCACAAUUCCGAAAUUAUCAAAAAUUAAGCAGGAACAUCCUCAGAAAAAAGCAGAAAAUGCAGAUAAAAACAGCUCUCCUCUCAUAGAAAUUUCAAUGGAAGAGAGCACUGAACAGUAUACGAGCAGUCGAAGUGUCUUUACAUUUGGCACUCUGAAAAUUAUUGGACCAGGUGGCGUUAAACUUAAAGGUAACUCUCCUUUGAAACAAGUUUAUGACACUGCUACAGAAAAGCCUCAUUGUAAGAUGAAAUUAUAUACAGAAACCUGUACUGAGAAUGCAGAAAUUGGAAACAAGGAGAGACAAAGUAAAAAACACGAAAAUAUUUCUUCAAAGGCGAUAAAAUUACAAGAAAAAAGUAGUACUAUCACUUCAUCAUACGAAAAAGAAGGAAAUGAAAUUGGAAGAGAUGGCAAAGCAGAAAAAAUACAGAAAAUGAAAAUUCAUCCCGAGAAAAUGGAAGAGGAGCUUGGUAAUAAUGUAGAUGCGAAUAAAGAUUGCUCCCAAGCUCAAUCCAAUGAAGACGAGAUAAGUCGACUCAGCACUUCUACAGAUGAAAUAUUAUCUAAAGAAGCUGAGGAAACAGGCGAACAUGAAAAUGUUGACACAAUCAAUUUGAAGCCAGAAGAAAAUGAAGAAAUGAUAGACAGACAAGGUGAACGAUUAUGUGUAGAUAAAGUUUCCCAGUACAUAGAAUCUGAAAAAGAAGAAAGUAAGAAUGAACAGAAUCGGGCAACUCCCCCAACACUAGAUGCAAAUCUAAUAACAGAAGAAAACAGCUCAAGAGAAGUGCUUGAGCAAAAUCUGGGCCCACCAGAACCACAACUGACGAAAGUGGAAUGUGAAGCUGCAUGUACUGACGAAAAUGCAACAACUGGAACUGAAAAGGUUGCAAUUGAAAUUAUCAAUGAUGAAUGUCUGAACAGCCAACGAACAAAAGAAAAUGAAGGCAUUGCAGGUGCUAGAGAAAAUGAAAUAAAUUCAAACACGAAAGAGGAAGACUUUGAAAGUGAUGCUUAUGUUGAAAAUUUUAAGGAUGCUCCGUCUCCAAAUGAAUCAACAGCGUAUAGUUCAAAUUCAAAGAAAACUCUUGAAACUGAAAAACAGUUUUUAGAAGAAACGACGACGAGAAUAUACGAGAAGCAACAGGACUGUACUGAAAGAUCAGAUAUCAUUGACGAAAAAGACAUUGAUAUCAGAAGUACUAUAAAACCCGAUUCUUCAACUAUAUUUGUUGCAGAAGACGAAAGUAAAAAACAGUCCGUUAAUGGCAAGGCUAUAGAGGUGGAAUCCACAGGAGAUAAUGUAUGCCAAGAAAAUAUGGAAAUGAAUGAAAUAAUUGAGGAGAAUAUCGAAAAGUCAGAUGCUGCUCUGGAUAGUACUACUAAAUUAAAAGACGAGACGACUUUGAUUACAAACUUUGAUGAGACAGGCAGUAGUGAGAUCGGGAAAACCGACGAGGAAGAAAGUAAAGAAGGUAAUUUUCUUUCUGAAAAGAGAAUAGAUUCUGCAGAAGAAAUGUCGAUGGAUGAAUCCGAAGAGUCUACAGCAUUUUCAACAGAAAAUAACGAAAUGCAUGAAGAAAAGAUAGCAUCAGAAGAGAAAACUGAGAACGAAGAUGAAAUAAUUCUCCAAGAACAUCAGAAUAAAGAUAACAUAGGCAAAACAUUAACUAGUAUUGAUAUUGUGGUUAAUGCAAAUGCAGCAUUGCAAAAUGUCAUACGAGAAGAUACGGACAAUUUUUCAAUUCCAAACCGAAUUGAAGAGGCAAACUCCGCCUCAGUCGGACAAGUUCCGGCAGAGGAAAGUAGUACAGAAACUUUUUCAAAAGAUGCAGAUCAGAAACCAGAUUACAUACCGAGCGAUUCUGAAAUUCCAGGACUUUAUUUUAGAAAUAUACAGAAGAAGACCACCGAUGAAGAAAUUUCCGUCAAUUCUUGUAUGCAAUCAGAAGUGACUGAUGUCUCCGAUGAUGCUAAAUUAGAUAUUUCUAUAAACGAUCAGCUGACAGAGAAACUAGAGAUAAAUGUUGAUAAAGAUGAAAAUUCGAGUUCUUCAGAGCUAAGUCUUAAUCACAGUGGAAACUUCACCACUCUCAAGGAUGAUCACCUAAAGGUGACAGAGGAAGGAAGCCCAGAACAUGGAGAUCAUUCAUCAAAGAAGAAAGCUGGGAAAAACAUUUCUCCAACACAAAGAGUAUUCCAGCUUCGACAGAAAGCGUCACGGUCACCUCUUGAAAUUAUUGCAAUGAGACAGAGUAAAGAGGAGAGAGAAUACUUAUUAGAACAAUCCCAGAAAGCCUUUAAGAGAGAGGAAAAACAAAGAAGGUUGAAAACAAAACAACAGAAAUUGGAAAACAAUUUUGAACAAGUACAUGUGAACACUAAUCAGAAGGAUGUUUCUGAUAUUUUUGAAAAAGUUCCGUCCCCAGCUAAUGUUGUUGCUGCGUCUGUAGAAGAACAACCACGCUCUCUUGACACAGACAGACAGGAAAAAAGCAUGAUGCUAGAAGAACUAUGUAAACCAUGUCAUGUUAUUCUUAUCGACUUCAUGAAGUAUCUUAAUGUUACAGAAAAGUCAGACAUGGACUCGGAGGAUCCAAUAUAUGAGAAAACACAAGAAGGAAAUGAAUCAGAACAGCAAAACAAGGAAAUGACAAUUCAGAAAGAAGAAGGAAAGAUAGAGGAAGUGAAAGAAACUUUGCUUUCUGAGAUGCAACCUGAAGCAAAGAAAAAACGAAGACCAUCAGCUCGUAAACAGGCAACUGGAUAUCACUUCAAUAGAAAACUGACUGCAGAAAUAGUUCGAUAUCCUGAGGACGAACGUGCAAACCAGUCUGAUUCUGUUGUUCCACCACUUAGACUGAAAAUUAAGCAGAACUUGAUUCUUGAACCAAGGAAGAAGCUUAAACCAGGGAGACCAGCAAAAAGAAAAGCGAGAAAAAGCAUGAGUCCUAAAAAGAAAAUCAAUUUCACAGAAAAUAGAUCCAAUCUUAUGCAAGAAGGUAUAAAGUUGCUAAGUCAGGAAGUGGUAAAGGGUGAUUCUCCACAUCCUCAUGUGCCGAGUCCCCGACACGAUGAAGAGAGUGAUUCUGAUAUGUGCGAGUGUGUAUAUAAUCAAUGCGGGUUUCAAUCAAUUCGCAAAAAUGUAGAAACACAUGUUUAUGUUCAUUUGAAGAACACCAAAAUGACAUGCAUGAGAUGCAGUAAAAUAUUCAAGAACAGUAGUAUGGCAUAUGCACAUUCUGGAAAAGAACAUCCGAAUGAGGAAGUACUGAUAGAGCCAUCGGAAAAGUGUGAUGUUAAACAGUACUACAAAGUUCUUAAAUCUCCAUCUUCAGCACCAUCAUCUUCUCCCCAGCAAAUUAUUCCACAAGUAGAACAGUCUCCAGAGGCUGUGAUAAUUAAAGUUGUGCUCCCUGGAAAUAGACAGGGAAAGGGAUGUUAUUGUUGUAGCUAUUGCGACUUCUCCUCUUCCUUACAGCAAGAUAUUCUUGAUCACAUCAACGAUAACCAUCGUCCUGAUAUUCAGUUUACCUGUUCAUUAUGUGAUAAACAAUUUUUUGGGAAUAAGGAUGGCAUUGCCGAUCAUUUUAAGACGGAACAUCCAAAUGAACCUAUUAUGUACAAAUCUUCGCCUGAUUUUUAUGAUUCUAGCAAGGGUGUUGUGCACAGUCAUUCUGUAAGCACUAAUGAUAAAGGAAACAUUUUUGAAAAAUUUUCCGAUAUGUUUCCCCGAGAGAAAGCAAGUGCAGAAAGCUCCCCAAGAUCAAGUAAAUCACGGUGGCACGAGAAAACUUCAGCGGAAGCAGAUAGCACGACGGUGGAACAUGACGAUAUGCACAAGGAACCUGAAUCAACUGCUAAGGGAAGUGAAGAAACGCUAAUUAGAAUAACUGAAACAGAACCUGUGGAGGACGGUAUUGAAGCUCUUGCAAAAGAAUAUGGAAAUAAAAACACGGCAGAUGAGACUGUAAUUGAAAAUGUGCAGACAGGAGAAAAGAAAUACCGUGAUGAUACCAGCCAAGAAGAAUCCAAUGAUAUGGGUUUGAAGAUAGUGGAUGUAGUAAGUUUAAGAGAUCAGGCGGACAUAGAUUGGUCAGACACACCUUCAUCUUUACCUCAGUCACAAAGUGCUUUUGGUAAUGUUCCGUAUUCACAGGUUCAUAAUCAAGAUCAUCAGAGUCUUUCUCAAAGCAAUGUGAGUAUAGUAUCAGCACUUACUUCACCAAGACAGUACCCUAAUUUGUAUUCAUCCACCAUUCCUCCUAGGGCAGUUCCUAGUGCAAUUGUAGGUGUACCUCAAAGAAAGGUACCACCUUCAUCAUAUCCACUUGCACCAAAGAAAAAGAAUGAUGGAAAAACGUGCACAACAUACAAGUGUGAAAAAUGUAACGUGCAUGCACCAGUUCUAGCAACAAUGGUGGAACAUUUGAGGCUUAGUCAUAGAGACAUAGAGAAAUUAUUCUUGUGCCCAUACUGCAGGCAGUAUGAAGGAGCAACAGAACCAGACAUACACCGUCAUAUCAAACAGUAUCAUCAUCAAAAUAUGCAACAGAAAAGCCCACCAGUAGCUUUAUCUAGUGCUGCCAAACAACAUCUUCGAACUAUCCAAGUUGCAUUAGGAGACAGUCAUUCCUCAACGGAUAAAGUAGUUAUGGAAAAAGAUAUUUAUAAGUGCUUGAAAUGCAAUGGACACAUGCCAUCUUUGGAUUUCAUCUAUUCACAUCUUGAAAAACAACAUAAUGAAUUUUUUGUUAAUGCCUGUCCUGAAUGCAAGCGUUUUAGACAUAAAGAUGAACAGGUGGUGUUUCAACAUAUAAGAGAUGUACAUGGAAAAAGCACUGAAAAUGUAACUCUCUCUGUGGCAAUCGAAGAGAAUCUUUUCACAAGGGUACAGUGUUUGACAAAAGGAAAAGUAACACCUUCAACAAAGUCUCAGUCAGGUGCCGCCAGUGUUUCUUUACAAGGUCCAAAUGUCUCAAGAAUAACUACGUCUGUAACCCAGGAACGUGGUAGUUUAUCAAAUCAGAUCUCUCAAAAUCCAUUAUUAAGGCCAGCAAUCCCCAUCGUCUCGCAAGUUCGCCCAUCAUUCCCUUCACCACAGUCAAUGGCUUCUCCUCUUCUUCAACAGCCACCCCAAUUUCUGAGCAAGUCUUCUCUGCGUAAGUCCAGACCAGUGCAUAGGGAUGCAACAAGGUCGUUUACUCCUAGAAGUGAUGCUGACUUUCCUGGAUCUUCAAUGCAAGGUUCUGGGAAUGUAAAUGAUCCUCCCCCAUUGAUGAGAGCACCACCUCCUCUUAUCAGAUUUCAACAAACACAGUUUGGUAAAUCCAUAAACUCUCCUCAAGAACCGCUAUCGUCACAGACUGAUCCUUCUGUUCGAGGCACAUCCUUUGGUAUGACAGAUAGAUUACAAAGAUUACAUAGUCCUAAUUCCAGUAGAAUGAGUUCUCCAGUGCCAUCGGCAGGGGAUUCCGCACCUAUUGUCAGUCGUCCUGUGUUAAAAGUUCCAAAUGUUCGCCCAACAUUAUCAUCUCCACCAACCACUCAACCACCACCGUACUCAGUUGCUAUUGUUUCACGAGGAAAUGCAGGAAGUGUACUCGAUUUGUCUCGCCAAAUGUCUUCACCUCCUGCAAGGCUUGUACACAAACCAAAUCUGGAAGCCGAGGAUGUUUCUCCGGAUGCCUUCCAAAUAUUUAAUAUCAGACCAGGCACUCCUCAAAAUGAUCCGAAUUUGAAUAAUUAUAACCAGUUUCAAGUACGACCAAGUAGUGCGCCAAAUUCUAGAAUGCUUUUAGGAAUGCAGUCAAGCCCCAGAGUGCAAGCAUUAACUCAGCAGAUGCAAACUGCCAAGGGGAUUACACAGCAGAGACACUAUUUACCGAGACAAAGGUUUGCUUCGCCUAAUGUUGUGGUUAGUGAUAAAAACAUGCCAAUUGAAGGUAGAAUAUUUAAGUGUCCAUACUGCCCACAAAUAAUUCCUCUCAGCAUCGCCGAAGUUCCUAGACAUAUUGAGCAGAAACACCCAGGGUGUUCAAUUGUUUUUCACAGGAUUUGAUGUAUGUCAAUACAUUGAUGUCAAAAGAUAAAAAUUAACACUGUAGGAAGAUCAUUAUUUGUUUUGGUUAGUGUGAUUUAAAUUCGAUUUUUAUGAGCUCAGAGCUUUAUGAAUGCACCAUAUGAAAUCAAACUACGAAUUGAUAUCAUAUAGUUAUGAAGAAGUAUAGGAUUUCCCAUUCCUUAUUUCAUAGACAUGUUUGGGAGAUGAGAAUUUUUUUAAAUGUUUGCAUAGAUAAAAUACAUAUGUUUGAGAGAUUUAAAACGCGGCAAUGCUAUUGUUUUUGCGAAGUUAUUGGGAAGAUUUUGUUGUAAAUUGUAUGCGUGUUUUAUGUUUUUUUAUUAAAGCAUUGACCAAAUGAUGAACACUAAGUACUUUGUAAAUGUGUGCACUCAUAUUUUAAGAGCGUCAGGAAAUAGUUCAUAUUGAUCUCGUUUUUUUUAAUGUGUUCACAUCUGAAGUAAAUUUAUUAAAGUCGCAUUAUAAUUAUAGUGAGUAUGAUGAAUGUAAACUUUUGUAAAUGACAAAAGGAUAAAGAGCGAAAAUUUGUCCCACUGUUAUGCGUUAGAAGAACUUUCUAGGGCAUUAUUUAUUUUUGAUCAUCUUUAUCAUCUUUUUCACAUGGACCAUAAUUUUCAAAUACACGUAUAUUGUACAUUCUGUGAUGUGAUAACUUUUGUACAAAAGAAAAGACGUUUUGCAGAAUAAAUAAUUAAUUAUCA